AUGGUGGUGCUCGCUGAGAUGGGCAGAUUGAUCCAGCUCCAGCUGCUAGUGGCGGCCGCAUCGAUUCUCUGUAUUCAAGACGAAUUUACGUCUGCGAAACGUAUCUCUGAGGAUAGUAGGAAGAAGCUCCAGUGCAGGAUUAAAGAACUUGAGGCGGAGAAGGAGGCCAUGGCGAGCCGGAUAGGACGACUAGAGACCGAGAAUGCCGAAUUGAAGAGGCUGCUUGAGGAAAAGGAACCGGACCUUCGGCGGGCCAUCGAUGAGCGCGACGCGACACAGUGUAAGUUAGCAUCGGUCAGAAUGACCAUUCGGAAACUCUUGAGCGAGAAAAGGGAAAGGGUCAAUGCCGAGAAACUUGAAUACACGACAGCAGAAGAGCGUGCGCUCGUAGAACUAUCUGGGGAGCAGCCCUGGGACGAAGCGGGCUUCACAGACCAGUCUGGAGGAGGUUCGCCAAAAAGUGGACCAUCAUCGGAAGAUGACGAUAACCCGCAAGCAACGAUUCCGCAAGCAAAACAAACGGACACGACGGGCCUAAUAGGUGAAUCGUUACGCGACAUCAUACAGGAGACGGGAACAAGGCCGGGUAACGACAAGACUGCCAAGGAGGGGCAACAGGCAAGGGAGCAGGCACCCACAGGUGUUCGAACAGCCAGUAGUGUUAGGAAAGAGCAGACAACAGUCGCAUCGCAAGAAGGCUGGUACUUAGAAUACUUCAAACCACCAGCAACAGCAGAGCUUUCAGUAGGAGGAUGGUUGUAUGAACAGCUUGCCGAACACUUACAGCUGGAUAAUAAGACGACUAUCUGCAACACAAGGUACGUUAAUGUAGAAAAUCUUCCUACCACCAAGAUUGAAAAGGCACAUAGCCAUCACAAAUGGUGGCAAGACGCGUGCAUGCAUAUCCAUAUACACAAUGACAUCGCAUUCCUAUUCAACCCCAUAGUGUUGGAAGGGCCUUCCACAACCUACCUCAUCAGCUGGGGCACUCGGAAAAUCAACCGAAAAGUCGAGAAAUACAUAUCAAGAGACAGAGCCGAGAAUCCCGCUUUUCACCUCUUGGUGUUACCCGCAGAAAAGGAAGCUUGGUGGUAUCUCGGAAUGCACAGCUUCACAAUAGCGCAGGUCCUGCCAGUAUGGUCCAUACUGAAUAGCCAGGAUAAGGAUGAGCUCACCUUGGAGCUGAAGAAGCGCUGGGAUCAGGCUCCGGGUGGUCAGCGUAUCGCAACGAUGCUUGAGCAGGGCGACUUGCAGCAGUGUACCAUCGAACUCAGGAGUGAAGGCCUAGCAGACCACUCUCUUGCGUUUCUUCAUGAUCAGCUGGGAAUGUCAAUUACAGAUUGCGGGGUCGGCGAGUAA